AAGAAGUCUGUACGGAAUUUAAUGAGGAACGUUCGCAAGAAGGUGCGCCAGCUAGUCUACAAUAGCUAAGUAGCAAAUGUUGAGAAUAAUAUUCUGUUGUUGUAGUCUAAAAUUAUCAGUAUAUCGAAUAAAAUUUGAAUAUGAAUAAGAUUUGAAUUUGAAUAGUGAAAUCAAAGUGCGUCCAUACUUUCUGGGACAGUAUUUAUUUGCGUCUAGUUCUAUCAAAAUCGCCAUUUUUGAAAUGUUCGCAUAUUUGUUCUGUACACACAUGCAGACACAUACAAACAAUGGCUCAGUUCGUCGAACUAAAUCGAUAAGUAUAUGAAAUUGAAAUUGGUAUACGGACUCGGAAAUUCUAAGCUUUGAGCGAAUUUAAAAAACGGCAUUACUAAACAAAGAUAGUAGGCGAUGUUUGUUAGCGAUACCAACCGGAAUGUUUCUUUUCAACACUAAACUAGUUUACGAUAGUUCAGUAUGAAUUUACUGAAACAAAGACAUAAAUAUAUCAUUAGCGACAGGCAGAAAACGAUUAAAUCAAUUACGUGCUUGCUCCGAAACCAUGCGAGUCCAUCGUUUCGUUUAUUUUUUACGUUUCCUUCCUAAGUACCCACUUCAGAUGACAGCAUCAAAGAACACAUCGCUCGCAGAAUGUCAAGAUGUGUUGGUAAAUAAAACUAUCAGUCACUCCCGGCAACGUGUUAUGUUUACUUUUAUCCCUGCUUUGGGGCUCGUCCAUGGAAUCAUUGUCCAAAAUUGUUAUCGCAUUGCUGAAAAACUCCCUCGAUGCAAACAGUUCCUCCAUUGCGAUUCGCUUGUGCUUAGAAUUGUGUUGGCUACAGGUACUGGAUGACGGCGAUGGAAUCAGUCAAAAGGAGCUCCACAGCAUCGGAAGCUGCUGCCUGCUAAACAUUGACUUCAAGAAGAAGAAACAAACGAAACAAUUUGCCCAGCUAACCAGCUCAUCCCUGACCGAUAUAAUAGGCAAGUGCGAGGAGGUUCUGAUUGAAUCGCUGGACGGACAAGCAAGGGACAGUAAAUCCCACUCGAGACUGUUCAAACAAUCUAUCCGAGUUAACGAGGGAUCACAGCGCAAUUUCGACUUCGUUUCACAGUAUCACUACGCACGAAAAACUCGAGGCACAACGGUCACGUUGAAAAACAUUUUCUGGGAAGAACCGGAACGGCAACGUUAUCUUUCGAUCAAUAAGGACUACCGCCAGCUACUGAAGGAUCUGCGUGUGCUGGCACUAAUCCAUUACGAUCGGUCAUUUGCGCUGCAGGAUUUGAGCUCCUCGGAGGUGGUAUUCAAAAGCAAAAGACUUGCCGCUCUGUUGCCGAAAUAUUGUGAGCUUUACGGUUUGGCCGAAACGGACAUCGAUGUAACCACCUGUCGUAAAGACAGUAUCCUGGCGGAGUGUUUUUUCAGUAAGCGCGAAGCUAGGGCUGACCGUGAUCCUGUACAGUUAACUUUCAUCAACAGUAUACCCAAUCAUGAACUACUGCCAAUAGUGAAUGAAAUUCUCACGCAGUCGAUACACGUCAUUGAUUUCCUGAUAAUUGUGACUUUUCCUAAAAACGACUCUCUGACGCAGCAAAACGAACCAAUCGUGAAAAACUGUUUGCUUCGCUGCCUGAAUCAAUACAAAGGUUGUUUGAACCGUAGAAAGGAACGCAUUUUCACGCCAACGAUGGAGGUCAUGCAAAGCCCAAAAACACCUCUCUCCGAUCAAGUCGAAGAAAAGCGAAAGUCUCGAAGGCCGGACGACGAGGAUAUUCUUUAUGGGCUCAGUCAACCGAUUGACAACCGACACAGUACUUUUCUAAAGUGUGCCGAUUGGUUGCAAAAUAAUGAUUUUGACGUACGAUCGGAAAAAUCUGCUCCACAGCAUAAGCAUGGCGUUAAGAACAAGCACCCUAAAAUUGACUUUUUCGAUGCUUCUCGCUUUCUGCCUCAGGGUCAUGUCGGUAAACAAGCAGAACUGAUGACUCCAGAGAAAACACCACCAAAAAAGCUUCCAUUUCCGAAGUUUUACGCUGCGCCUUCUCCCAAAACACCAGAAGCAAGACCAAUCACCCAAGAAAGACAUAAACCAUCCGCAGUGAAAAAGGAUGAGAGUCUAUUUAAUCAAACAAAAUUAUUUUCUCACAAACAAGAGCCCUGUGAAAAAGGGUCAUUUUUGAACACUGAGCAAAUAAAGCAGGGCAAAUUGACUUUUCAUUGCCGGAACAUUCCUGGGAAAUCAACUAAAAGAAAGCAAUCAGACAAUGAGAAGAAACAGAAAAAUUUUCAUGCUGCGAACCAACCUCCAUCUCCACAUUUUUCGUAUCAAUAUCUGGAAGAGUCGCUACAAUUCUUCGACCUAGAAAAUUCCAAUAAGCCAAUAGACAGAACGAGUUUUUUGAAUCUUUGUUCUAAGGAAUUCGAUGUUUUGGCAGCUUCCCCUCAGCCGGGACAAUCACUGGAUUCCAGCAGCAAUUGUUGUUCAAACAAUUCAACUGAUGCGUGCAGCACACUUCCGAACAUUUUCACGGAGCCGCUUUUUCUUGAACCAAUACUGGAAAACAAUCUCUAUGCAUCCAGCUCACCGGAAUCGCGAUACUGGGGAAACAAUAUGACCGAAUACUAUGCGGACUUUCAGCAAGCCUGUUGGGAAACUAUUCAGCACUACAAACUAGCAAUAGAAGAAAUUGAAUCGAGCUCAUCACAAUGUGAACAUUGUUUGUCAGACCCGUUCAAUCGGGAAAUCGAGACUCUCCGACAGCCGUUUCACCAGCCGAGAGACAUUUAUGCAAAAAUUGGUGUCAAACGAUGCUAGAUACGAAACGAACGAGUGGGAAAAUUUUGUUCCGUUGUUUAAAGUUGCAAAACAAUUCCAUUCUGCUGUUUUCAGUGUACUUAUAUGAAUAAUAAACUACAACUUUGUCCUCGCGAAGGGAGCGCUUUUUGCAUAAUCAACUGCGCAACCUGAGCGGCAGAACGUGUGAAAACUUAUAUUUCUCUAAUUUACUUGGAAGCUAGAAAAAUUUUCGUUGUACGUGAAAUUAAAAGUCAAUGCUUGGCUCAUGCGUUAGUGUUAUAUAAUUUUUCCUUAAUGGAAUGACGCUAUUGCUGUUUUCACAGUGUGUUAUGUAGUUUUGCUAACUGCAUUAUUAUUUAUGUUACACAAUGAUUUUCACCUGUACUGAAUACAAACGUAUUGAAAUGUCGGUCCAAUUUCAUUCGUAUUCUCAAUAACUUGGAUUCUAUCGUAAAACAUUCGCUCGAAAAACCAAUACAUCGUUAUUCAGAAUAACGGCAUAUGCCAUCGGAAAAAUGAUUCACAAUUACUGCUCUGACAGAAUUAAUUUUUAUUCCAACUAUUGCGCAAUUCAACUAGGGAAAAACUUAAUGAAAAUCUCUUCUCUUAAGAAUCCACCGUCGAUGCCAUCCAUUUCCUAUUUUCAGCGGUUUGAAAUUUACAUAUUCGUCAGAGAAAGUCAAAGAACUCCAGCAGUCCUUUUGCAGGUCGCUUUUUUUUUAACUGAUUUACACUGUAUUCAAUCGUUUUCACAUGCUGAUCCCAUUUAGUACGGUGUCAAGUAAUUUUCGCGGAAAUGAUUGAUGUUAUGUGCGUAAUUAUUCGAUUUCCAACAACCGUAUAAUAGGAAAACUGAUGCAAAACCGUAAAACAAUGUGUUGGCGUAAUAAUCAAAUUCACAUUCCACUAUUUAAGC